CAUUAAAUAACUUGUACAAUUUAAAACAGUUCUGUCAUUAUUGUUUUAAAACUUUGUGUUUUAUAAAAGUAAUAAUAUUUUAAGCAAAUUUUAAAAUAUGAAAUUAGUGGGAAUUUUUAUUUUGAGUGUUUGUGUUUGUUGUAGUCAUUCAACUUUAGAAGUUAAAGUAGGAUCUAGAGCUGUUUCAACCUUAAAAUUCCUUGUUGUGGUAAGCAAGCAUGGUGCCAGAGCUCCCACCCAUACUUACCCUCGUGAUCCAUACAGAAACAUAACCUUCUGGCCAGAAGGAGCAGGGCAGUUGACCAAGGUAGGAAAGCGUCAGAUGCACAGAGUGGGUCAAAAGUUGCGUCACUUGUAUCACGGCUACCUCAGUGCUCUGUAUGAGAACAGUAAAGUGAUGAUACAGUCAACUCUAGUAGACAGGACAAUGGCUAGUGCUGCCACCCUACUGGCAGGACUUUACCCUCCGCAGGCACACCAACUGUGGAACCCUGAAAUUCCCUGGCAGCCUGUUCCGAUAUACCCGAAUCUACUAGACAAGGCUUUGUUGACUCUAGACCCGACAAAAUGUCCUCGAUACUGGCAUGAGCAGAAUAUUUCACAGUCAAUUCUUCAGGACCAGUACACAGCCAAUCAUUACGCAGAUAUCUAUGCAGCAAUAACUGCAGGGAGUGGUGUGAACAUGUCCUUCCCCUCGCAGAUGUUUCUACUCUUCCACAACCUAGCAGCUUCAACAGAAAAUGGAUUAACACUUCCAAACUGGGCAGAAGACAUUUUUCUGCCUAAAAUGUUACCUCUAGUUAGCAAAAUGGUACGAGACACAACCAUGAAGAAUGUCAAAAUGAUCAAAAUACUUAAUGGUCUGUUCUUUGGCAAGAUUGUGGAGAUGCUUCAGAGAAGAUUGAAGCAACAAUCUGACAAGCAGGAGGGAGACCUUAACAUGCUUUUACAUGUAGGACAUGACAUCACAAUACUCUGCUUAUUAGCUGCUGUGGGUCUCCACGACAGCAAUAUCCCAUGGUCUAGUACAACACUUUUAUUUGAGCUUCAUACAAACGAAGCUCUUCAGUCUAAGCAUGAAGUAAAGGUUCUAAAAAUUGAUGGUUUAUCAAAUAGCUCCAAUAUUCCUGAAGAUCUGGAAAUCCCUUUCUGCAAAUCUCCAUGUGAUUUGUCCACAUUUGUAUCUCACACUGAAAAAUAUACAACUAAGGACUGGGGAAGAGAGUGCAUGGAUAUGAACUCCCCAAGUGACCAAUGAGGCGGUACAUUCCUCUUCUGUUUACUAUAUAACUUUAUCACAAUUAUGCAUUAAUCAAAUGAGAAAAAAUAUUUUAAUAAUCA